AUGUUUUGGAAAAAGCAAGCUUCUCAUUUCGAUUCAGAUGCUGAGCAGAGACAAGCAAAGAUCAAGGAACUGAGAGCUGCUCUUGGGUCUUUAUCUGUCCGUGGAGAGAAAUAUUGCGAUGAAGCAUGCUUGAUAAGAUACCUCGACGCCCGCAACUGGAAUGUUGACAAGUCUAGGAAAAUGCUGAAAGAAAGUCUCAAGUGGAGGGCAACUAAGAGACCUGAGGAUAUUCGUUGGCCUUAUGUUUCUGUGGAAGCAGAAAUAGGUAAAAUGUACAAGGCAACUUUCACAAAUAGAGAGGGUAGAACUGUGGUCGUAAUGAGACCGGCAAAGCAGAAUACAUCGUCUCACGAAAGGCAGUUGCAGUAUCUUAUAUAUACCUUGGAGAAUGCAGUUCUCAGCCUGCCUGAAGGUCAUGCCAAAAUGCUUCUCAAAGUACUGGUUGACCUGAAAUCAGCCCAGAAAUUGAACUUCGUGUACAAGGAGAACAAAGAGAGCAUGAAGACAAUGUACAACCAUAUUGAUCCAGAAAUCCUUCCUAUGGAGUUUGGAGGGAAGAACAAUGUCAUGUACAACCAUGAAGAUUACUCUAAGUUGAUGACAAAGGAUGACAUCAAAACAGCAAGCUUUUGGGCAGCAGAUGUUAACCCUGUCGCCAAAGUGGACUGGGUUCCUAAGGUUAAACCGCAGUCAUCACUAAUUGUUGCUAAAGCAAGUUGA